GCUCUCGCACACUCGGUGACACGCCCGCGCGCGCGCGUACCCACACGCCCGGCUGCCGGCGCCCUCCCAGCUGGUUCACCCGGCGGGGCCCGCGCCCCCGGCCCUCCCGCCUGGCACCGCGCCCCGGGGCUGGGGCCGAGAGAGGAGCCCGUGCGGCGGCGAGAGGGCGAGAGCCAGGCAGGCCGGCCCGGGGCCCCCGCCCCCCGCGCCCCCGCCCGAUGGGGAACGCUCCGUCCCAAGAUCCUGAGCGGAGCAGCCCCCCCAUGCUGUCUGCAGAUGAUGCCGAGUACCCGCGGGAGUACCGGACCCUGGGGGGCGGGGGCAGCGGGGGCCGGCGCUUCUCCAACGUGGGGCUGGUGCACACAUCCGAGCGGAGGCACACGGUGAUCGCCGCCCAGAGCCUCGAGGCGCUCAGCGGGCUCCAGAAGGCGGAUGCGGACCGCAAGCGCGAUGCCUUCAUGGACCACCUGAAGAGCAAGUAUCCGCAGCACGCCCUGGCCCUGCGUGGCCAGCAAGACAGGAUGCGCGAACAGCCAAACUACUGGAGUUUCAAGACCCGCAGCUCUCGCCAUACACAGGGAGCCCAGCCGGGGCUGGCAGACCAGGCGGCCAAGCUGUCAUAUGCCUCGGCUGAGUCAUUAGAGACCAUGUCCGAGGCCGAGCUGCCCCUGGGCUUCAGCAGGAUGAACCGCUUCCGACAGAGCCUGCCCCUCUCCCGCUCUGCCAGCCAGACCAAGCUCCGCUCGCCAGGGGUGCUGUUUCUACAGUUUGGGGAGGAGACUCGGCGUGUGCACAUCACCCACGAGGUCAGCAGCCUGGACACGCUGCACGCCCUCAUCGCACACAUGUUCCCGCAGAAGCUCACCAUGGGCAUGCUGAAGUCGCCCAACACCGCCAUCCUCAUCAAAGACGAGGCUCGCAACGUCUUCUAUGAGCUGGAGGACGUCCGGGACAUCCAGGACCGCAGUAUUAUCAAGAUCUACAGGAAAGAGCCACUCUACGCUGCUUUUCCUGGCUCACACCUCACCAAUGGGGACCUCCGGAGAGAGAUGGUGUAUGCGUCGCGGGAGUCUUCGCCCACGCGGCGCCUCAACAACCUGUCGCCAGCGCCUCACCUCUCAUCGGGCUCGCCGCCGCCGGGGUUACCGUCUGGGUUACCGUCGGGGUUGCCAUCCGGGCUGCCUUCGGGGCUUCCUUCGGGCUCGCCAUCGCGCUCGCGCCUCUCAUACGCUGGGGGGCGCCCGCCCUCCUACGCUGGCAGCCCGGUGCACCACGCGGCCGAGCGGCUGGGGGGAACCCCGGCCACCCAGGGCGUCAGCCCCAGCCCCAGCGCCAUCCUGGAGCGGCGCGAUGUGAAGCCGGACGAGGACCUGGCGAGCAAGGCGGGCGGCAUGGUGCUGGUGAAGGGCGAGGGUCUCUACGCGGACCCCUACGGCCUGCUCCACGAGGGCCGCCUGAGCCUGGCCGCGGCCGCGGGAGACCCGUUCGCCUACCCGGGCGCCGGCGGCCUCUACAAACGCGGCUCGGUGCGCUCGCUCAGCACCUACUCGGCCGCGGCGCUGCAGUCGGACCUGGAGGACUCGCUCUACAAGGCGGCGGGCGGGGGCGGCCCGCUCUACGGCGACAGCUACGGUUUCCGCAUGCCGCCGUCCUCGCCGCAGAAGCUGGCCGACGUGGCGGCGCCCCCUGGAGGCCCCCCGCCGCCCCACAGUCCCUACUCCGGGCCACCCAGCCGCGGCUCGCCGGUGCGCCAGUCCUUCCGAAAAGACUCAGGCUCCUCGUCCGUCUUCGCCGAGAGCCCCGGGGGCAAGGCCCGCAGCACCGGGAGCUCCUCGACCGCUGGGGCGCCCCCUCCCGAACUGUUCCCUGGGCCCGGGGAGCGCCCACUGGUUGGAUUCGGGCCUCCUGUGCCAGCCAAGGACACAGAGACCAGGGAGCGUAUGGAGGCCAUGGAGAAGCAGAUUGCCAGCCUCACAGGCCUGGUGCAGAGUGCCCUGCUCCGUGGCUCGGAGCCUGAGACCCCCAGUGAGAAGAUCGAAGGCUCCAAUGGAGCUGCCACUCCCUCAGCACCCUGUGGGUCAGGCGGCCGGAGCAGCGGGGCCACCCCAGUGUCCGGUCCUCCCCCAUCCUCGGCCAGCAGCACCCCUGCGGGACAACCCACCGCCGUCAACCGCCUGCAGAUGCAGUUGCACCUGCGCGGCCUGCAGAGCAGCGCCAGUGACCUGCGCGGCCAGCUUCAGCAACUGCGCAAGCUCCAGCUACAGAACCAGGAGUCGGUGCGCGCGCUGCUGAAGCGCACGGAGGCGGAGCUGAGCAUGCGCGUGUCGGAGGCGGCGCGGCGGCAGGAGGACCCUCUGCAGCGGCAGCGCACCCUGGUGGAGGAGGAGCGGCUGCGCUACCUCAACGACGAGGAGCUCAUCACCCAGCAGCUCAAUGAUUUGGAGAAGUCAGUGGAGAAGAUCCAGAGGGAUGUGUCCCAUAAUCAUCGGCUGGUGCCUGGGCCUGAACUGGAGGAGAAGGCACUGGUGCUGAAACAGCUUGGAGAGACACUGACUGAACUCAAGGCUCACUUCCCAGGCCUGCAGAGCAAGAUGCGGGUAGUGCUGCGUGUGGAGGUGGAGGCAGUGAAGUUUCUGAAAGAGGAGCCACAGCGCCUGGAUGGGCUACUCAAGCGCUGCCGUGGCGUCACGGACACACUGGCACAGAUCCGAAGGCAAGUGGAUGAGGGUGCGUGGCCACCCCCCAACAACCUUUUGAAUCAGUCCCCCAAGAAGAUGACAGCUGAAACGGACUUCAACAAGAGCUUGGACUUUGAGAUGCCACCCCCCAGCCCUCCACUGAACCUGCAUGAGCUGAGUGGGCCAGCUGAGGGUGCUCCCUUGACUCCCAAGGGCAGCAACCCCACCAAAGGCUUGGACACUCCUGGCAAGAGGAACAUGGACAAGGCUGUGUCUGUUGAGGCUGCAGAGCGGGACUGGGAGGAGAAGCGAGCUGCCCUGACCCAGUAUAGCGCCAAAGACAUCAACCGGCUGCUGGAGGAGACGCAGGCAGAGCUGCUCAAGGCCAUUCCUGACCUGGACUGUGCAAGCAAGGCCCAUCCCGGCCCGGCUCCUACCCCUGAUCACAAGCCCCCCAAGAUUCCCCACGGGCAAAAAGCAGCUCCUCGAACAGAGCCCAGUGGGAGGAGGGGCUCAGAUGAGCUGACAGUACCCCGCUAUCGCACAGAGAAGCCCUCCAAGUCACCCCCGCCACCCCCGCCCCGUCGGAGCUUCCCCUCCUCCCAUGGCCUGACCACCACACGCACCGGUGAGGUUGUGGUCACCAGCAAAAAGGACUCUACCUUCAUCAAGAAGGCUGAGUCGGAAGAGCUGGAGGUACAAAAGCCCCAGGUGAAGCUACGCCGGACAGUGUCCGAGGUGGCCCGCCCAGCCUCCACGCCGCCCAUCAUGGCCUCUGCUAUCAAGGAUGAGGACGAUGAGGACCGCAUCAUUGCAGAGCUGGAGAGUGGCGGCAGCGGCGUACCAUCCAUGAAGGUCGUGACUCCAGGGGCCUCACGGCUGAAGGCAGCCCAGGGCCAGACAGGCAGCCCUGACAAGAGCAAGCACAGUAAGCAGCGGGCUGAGUACAUGCGGAUCCAGGCCCAGCAGCAGGCCACUAAACCAUCUAAAGAGAUGAGCGGGUCAAAUGAGACCUCAAGCCCAGUCUCAGAAAAGCCUUCGGCUUCCAGAACCUCUAUCCCCGUAUUGACUUCCUUUGGGGCGAGGAAUUCUUCCAUAUCCUUCUAGAAGCCCCCUCACACCUCCACCCUCCCCCAUCUUCCCCUCACCUCUGCCAUUUCUCUCCCCAUUCGUCCUCCUCUUCAUCCCACCUUCACCCCAUUCUCCAGACCCU